AUGAGUUAUAGAAGAACAACGUUAUUUGUGGCUGGAUUUGGAUCCCAGACUAGAGCUAGGGAGUUAGCAUAUGAGUUCGAAAGAUAUGGACGUUUAAUUCGAUGUGAUAUUCCGGCACCAAGAAGUUAUCAAUCUAAACCUUAUGCAUUUGUUGAAUUUGAAGAUGAACGAGAUGCCGAAGAUGCUUAUUACGAGAUGCAUGGUCGCAGGGUCUACGGUCAUGCUCUGAACAUUCAGUGGGCUAAAAAUGCACCCUCCAGAUCUUGGAGAUAUGAAGGUAGUAGUAGGAGUUCUCCUCGUCGAAGUAGGAGAUCUCCUACACCACCACGUUCUCAUAGAAGGCGUCGUUCUUAUACUCGUUCGGCUAGUCGCUCUUACUCUCGUGGUCGCAGUCGUUCACCUCGUUCAGACACACGUCGCGGAAGUCGUUCUCGCACUAGAAGUCCCGAUAAAGACCGAUCUAACGGUGAAGAACGUGUUGCCGAAGAUAGAAGGUCCAGGUCCAUAACGCCACGGGAUGAAACCAAACGUCGUGAUUCUCAUUCACCUUCUUCUAGGCCACCGGAUGAAUCAAUGGAAAUAUCUGAAAGAUCUCCAAGGGAUAGAUCUCCAUCUCAAAAUGGUCGUCCAGCCUCUCGCUCUCCAUCGAUGACACCCGCACAUCGUUCUCAAUCUAGAAGCCCUCGCGGAACUGAGUAA